AGUACAAAAUCAGACCCCAAGCUGAACACUUGAAGUAGUGAUAUAUUAAAUAAAAAAUGGGUCAAUGGGUGAGCACGUCUGCAAAUGCUCCUUUGCCUCACAACGCCUUCCAUGCUGGUCAUGACAGUGAUGGGACACCCAUCUAUGUGGGUCGUUGUGUCUACGAGGGUGACCAUGUGGCAGCCAAAGUGAUUCCCAGUAAGGGCGGAGCCUAUGUAGCUUAUGGCGGAAAGGAACAUAAGGUCACCCAUUAUGAGGUGCUGGUUGGUCAUGGAUACGCCUGGGCUGCCUGCGGUGGUGGACAUAUUCCACGGAAUGCAGUUUCCACUGGUAAAACCCGUACAGGUGAACCUCUCUAUGUUGGACGUGGUUACCAUGCCAAUUCAUUGAUGGUCGGAAAAGUGCAUCCGUCGCAUGGCUGCCUCUAUGUGCCAUUUGGCGGCAAUGAAAUUACCCUGAGAUCAUAUGAGGUGCUGGUCAAAAAUUAAUUGAUCACAAAAAACAAAUUUGCAAGAGUGUUCAUUCAAAAUAUUUUGUUUAUGUUUAUUGUUUUGUUAAUUUUUUUUAUUAAGUCCAAAGGCAAUACAAAUGGUUUAAUAAAAAGUACUGACUGGUAAAUUCUA